AUGCUCAUCGAGAUCAACUGCGACAUCCCACUCAAGAAUGGCGUUGAUGUCUUGCGCUGUAACGUCUACCGACCGCUGCCCGAAGCCAGUGGAGAUGCCAAGCUGCCUGCCAUCAUGACCGCUGGCCCCUAUGGCAAGGACAUUCCCUACUCCGUCUUCCAUGCAAACUCGUAUGCAGAGCUGCCCGAGGAGCAAAAGAGCAAGUGGAGCGCCUGGGAGGUUCCCGAGCCGACGUUCUGGACGAAGCUGGGCUAUGCUGUUGUCAGAGUCGACGAGCAGGGCAGUGGCCAAUCGCCCGGAUUCAUGGACACGAUGUCGGACCAGACGUCGUCCAACUUUGCCGAGGCGAUUGAAUGGGUGUCGGAGCAGCCGUGGUGCAGCGGCCGCGUGGGGCUGCUCGGCAUCUCCUACUAUGCCGGCUCGCAAUGGAGAGUAGCUGCGCGGCGGCCCAAGGGCCUUGCCUGCGUUAUUCCCUGGGAGGGCAUGCACGACUACUACCGCGACCGCGUCCGCCCCGGCGGCAUCCUUUCCAACGGCUUUAUCAACUUCUGGCAGAACCGGCAGAUCAACACGAACCAGUUUGGCGUGCCCGAGCGGUCGGGCGACAAGCGCGACGCCAACCUUCCAGGAAUGUCGCCCAGGCCGGCCAACGAGGAGGGCACGCUGAGCGAGGAGCAGCUGCGCGAGAACAGGACCGACCAGACCGUUGACACGCUCCGCAACAAGUUCAUGGACGAUCCUUACUUUGCGUCACGCGAGUACCGCCUGUCAGACAUUGAGGUGCCGAUGCUGAGCGUGGCCAACUGGGGCGGCAUCUGCCUCCACCUGCGAGGCAACGUCCUCGGCUACCUUGGCGCCGCCUCGCCGCUCAAGUGGCUCUACUUUAUCACCGGCCGCCACGAUCUGCCCUUCUACCUGCCCGAGUGGACAGCGCUCCAAAAGUCCUUUUUCGACGCCUUUCUCAAGGACGAGGACGACCGCAACUGGAAGGGUGGGCCAAACGCCGCCAACGGCGUCCCCGCGAUCACCUACUGCAACCGCAAGGGCAAUCCGGGCUUCAACAAGACGUCGGCCGAGCGCACCUACGGCUUCAAGCAGGCCAGCGUGUGGCCGCUGCCCAACACGUCGUACGAGACGCUGCAUCUGUCGCCUAAGGGCCUUUUGGAGGCGCAGGACCAGACCGUCGAAGGGCAGGUCCGAUGGUCUGGCCUCACGGGCGAGUCGGUCCGCUUCGCCACCCAGCCCUUUGCGGAAGAGAGGGAGGUGACAGGACACCCGGUGCUCCACGUGACGCUGUCUGUCGCAGGCGACCAGGAGGCAAACAUCCCCAACGACCUGGACCUCUUUGUCACGCUCCGCCACAUCGACCCGCAAGGCCAGGAGGUCAUGUACACGGGCACCGCAGGCGAUCCCGUCCCCCUCACCAAGGGAUGGCUGCGCCUGUCCAUGCGCAAGCUCGCCGACGACAGCCUCCCGUACUUGCCCAAGCGCAACUAUCUCUCGUCCGAGGUGCAGCCGGUCAAGGCGGGAGAGCGGUACACGGCCACCGUCGAGCUGUGGCCGACGAAUGUGACGGUGGAAAAGGGCGGCAAGCUGGUGCUCGAGGUGGGGCCAAAGGACCAGCAGGGCUGCGGCAUCUUUGUUCACAACCACCCCGAGGAUCGGCCCAAGGACGUGUUUGCAGGCGUCAAUGUUCUCCAUACUGGCCCCGGUCUCAGCGACCUUGUGCUCCCCUUUGUCAAUUAG